UUUUCUCUCAAAGAUGGCGCUGUGAAAAAUUUAUUCAGCAGAAAGAAGGAGUGACAGUUCUACAUUUAUGGAAAGAUGUGUGAAUUGUAUAUUCAGAAAAGAUAAAAGAGAGAAGCUUGUAUUCAAAUGACUUCAUCAUGGCAAAAGCCUCUGCUAGAAGUUCUCCUCUAUGUGUAACAGAGCUUCUUCAGGUAUGUCACCUUGGAAUUUCUGCUUCAUAUAUAACUUGGCCACGGGUAACUAUGACUUCAGAUCAGUGGAUUUGUAUUCGACAUCCUGGUUUUCAGAAGAACAAACAUCACAAGUUUAGUACAGCUAUUACUGUUCUCAAUCCUCACUGUUCUUUCCCUAAAACAUGGGAAGCUGCUGCCUCAUCAGCCAAAAUGAAUCCUGAAGCUCCUAUAAUUGGUUUAAGAGCUGAUUUGCAUUUUCAAGUGAUUGACAUUGAAAGUAGAAAGAGUAUCGCCAAAUACCGAAUGUCAUCAGAAGUACAUUACUGGACCUGGGUCAAUACAAAGAUAAUAGCAAUUGUCACAGAAACUGCUGUGUUUCAUUGGAAUGUUGAUGAAUCUGGGAAUGUUCCACAAAAGAUAUUUCUGAGGCUAAGUCGUCUCGAGGGUUCUGAAAUUGUAAAUUAUACUGUUGAUUCCAGUAUGAACUGGUGUGCUUUGACUGGUCUUCUGUCAGAGGAAGGAACUAUAGCUGGCAUUACACAGGUUUACUCUGUUGAAAAGGGUCUCAGCCAGUGUAUUCAGAGCCACAGUGUUUGUUUUACAAACUUCAAAUUCAGAGAAAAUGUUCGGUCAUCAACUGUCAUGAUUGUCACUACUAGACCUGGACUGGAGCCAACCGGAAAGGUACAUGUUGUUGAGCUUGGGUCACACAAGCCUGGAAACUUUGCCCCUGUCUUCCAUACUGAAACAUUUGACUUCCAAGAUCCAUGGGGGAGGUUUGAUUUUCCUAUUUCUGUCCAGGUAAGCAGCCACCUUGGCCUUGUGUAUGUAACUACAAAGUUUGGGAGUAUCUACCUAUUCGACUUGGAGACUGUGGCUCCACUGUAUACUCAGGUUAUCUGCCCAGACAUUGUUUUCUCUGCUGUCUUGAAACAAGAUACCCAAGGAAUUCUGGCUAUAGCAAGAAAUGGACAGGUGUUAUCUAUUGAUUUGAAGAGAGACCACAUCAUUAAGUAUGUUGAAAAGAUUGCAAAAAGGGCUUCGGUGGCAGAAAGAUUGAGUUGUCUUUUGAGUGAAGGCUAACUUUGAAGAACUGUGAUAUAAUUGUGCCAAAAAAAUUCUGAUGUGUUUAAUACUUCAAUUGAUUCUUACUGUACCAGAAACUCAUGUUAAAGGUCUUUUUUUUUUAAACAUACAACACAUUGUUAUUUUGUUUAAUUGAAGUAUAUCUAUUAAAGUUUUAGACCUAGACCUUGUUUUAGGAUGUAUGUGAACACAUCUAUAGCAAUAUUGAAGUAGAUGUACAGAGAGUGAACACAUUUAUUUUGAAUGUUUAAUACAUACUUGUGAACUACUCUAGUCUUGAAUAUUUACUUUUGGACUAUUGAGUUUUACAGAAAUAUAUGCAUAUUGUUCACAGUUGAAAAUAUGUUUUUGUGUCUGGUUAUAGUUCAAGCCAACAUGUCCUUACACUUUCAGAUUUUUGUCCUUUGCUCUUAGACAGAGAACAUCUGUCUGGAAAUAGCUCAUAUUACAAAGUAGUUAUUUUGGUGGAAAGAAAACCUCAGUUUGUUUUCCACUGACCUGUGAAUUUUUACAAGCGUUGUUAUUCCAUAUCACGUGCACGUAUGCAGAAUAGCAUUAAACAUUAGAUAUAUAAAAUUGUUCUCAGUAUAAUUUCUUUUACCACCGUGAACUAGAAGUAGAGCAGGAAAAUAUGUAAUCAUUAUCACUUUUGCUUCUUUAAAUAGUUUUAAUAUAGUUACCAUGAAAGUUAAGAGUUUCCAAUUAGAAGGUGACUUCUUUUAGGGGUCCUCUUGAUUAAUAUCAGCAAUAAAGAUUAAUAGGAUUGACAAGAAGUUAACCAAUUUGUAAAUAAGCUGAAUCUGGUUAAGGCAUUUGUCUUGGGAUUGAAUCUGAAAUUCUACCUUGGCAUGAGCAACAAUGUGCUAUGACAUGGAUUCUACACAUUUAAUGUUGAUGGAGGAGAUCCUAGGUAUUAGACAGUUCUAUUACUCCUGUAAUGUGCACUCUAGUUGUUACAAGUUAUAGCAGUACAGUUUAAAAAUUGGAUUUUUAUUUCAUCACAUGGAUAUUGAGUGAUAACAUGCAGUUGGAGUGUACUUUAAAAAGCUAAGUUAUAGAUUUUAUGAUACACUGGUAUUCAUUAGAUGUUUUGAAAGACAAACGUUUUUUAUCCAGUUAUUAUAAAGAUGUUCACCGUGACAAUCACAGCUUCUUCAAAGAAAACUAUAUCACUUUGGUAACAGCUAUUGUUUUUGUAUACAAGUUGUGUAAUGUUCUAUUACAAUUGUGUCAGGUUAUUGACUGAUGUUAAAGUCUUGGAUGCUUGUCUGUGUUGAACUUUACCGGUGAGUUGCUGGGUAGUAAAUUUACUUGCCUGCAGCUUUCACAUGUAGAAUUUUUCUGUUAAGUUCUAUCAAAAUGAGAAGGCAUUCAAACUUGAAAGUAACUUUCAUGUUCGUCUGCAGUUUUGUGGAAUCCACAUCGUUUGAUGCCUAGAACAACAGGGUUUUACUAUUGUACUUUGCCCAUUGGUCAAGUUCUUUUCUACAUUAUUCGAUCAGUUGCUAAAAAAACUUGAGGUAGACUUUUAGGGAGCCACAUAAGUUUCUGAACUG